AUGGCUCAGGACCUUCCCAAUACAGGAACGUUAUGGAAAGGGUGUAAACAUGUCAAAAUAGAGAAUUCAGAACAAGUUGUUUCAUGUUCUUCCAUUCAAACCUAUAAUGAGAGCACCAUUGCCUUCAGAUACGAAAGAUCAGUUCAGUUUACUCUUUAUUACACGUUUUUUGAUACAAAACUUUAUGAAGUGUGUGAUGCCAAUAGUGUCUCUCAAUUGUUUAAAAAGUACUCGAUUGAUUCCUGUCUGAAUUUAUAUUGUAAUAAUUAUCCGAAAUUGAGUAACUCUUCCCUGUCCUAUUUGAAUCGGACUUAUGGUAUUUCAAAUAUUCGGGAUCGACAGAGUGCACUUGGAGAAUUUGCAUGGAUGAUGAAUUAUUGUCAAUAUUGUCAGCGAGAGGAUUUUGUUGAUUUUCACACCCAACUUCAAUCUGUCAACACGAGUCGUUGUUUCCAAUAUGUUCGUGAUGAUUUUUGUAAUUAUAAUCAGCCAGUCCCAGAAGGCUCCUUUGAGCAACCACUCAUUCAUGGAGAGUCCUUGUUAGAAGGAAAGACUUUAACUCCUUGGAUUUGUUAUUGUGGAAAUGAUCUGUUCGGAUACAAGUGUGACUACUUUUCUACAAACUUUAUUCCAUUCACAUUCCAAGCGUAUCCAGUCAUUACGUUUAUCAUUUCUGGAAUGCUUGCAAUUGCGACGAUCAUUUUCAAUGUCAUUCCGUUGUGUUAUAGAAAUUAUAAGAAAAUUCGUACCAGUAUCAAGCAUCACUUUAAAACUCUUCAGAGAGCUUUAUAUGAAGAAGUGUUUACUUUGAAUUGGUUGAUAAUUUUCUUUGUAUUCUCAUACUUUGUAUUUUUAACUCUUGAGAACAUUUUGGGGAUUCCUUUGAAUCAUGUUUAUGAUGCAAGAAUUGCAUUGGGAUAUGGAUUUUUCAGAUCAUUGAGUUUACUUUGGCUCAUUGCAGCUCUUGUCACAACAUUGGUCAUGUGGGUCAAUUUAUUGUUAGGCUCCAUGAGAACGACCACAGAUGCUCUCGUCAUUCAUCCCGGUCUCAAAGCUUUAUUGGUCAUUGUUUAUGUGAUUUUACUGGGCAUGUCCAUUCUUCCAUUUGUUUAUGCGGCCGAUAAGAGUGUUUCCAAAAUAUUCAAUUUGGUAUUCUUUUCUCUGACUGCUGCCUCAGCUGUGAUCUUUACCAUUUUCUUUGUUGUGUUUGGUGCAAAAUUAUUCUUUACCUUAAAGGUGGCAAACAAUUUGUCCUUUUUCCAGAUCAAAUUUACCAAGUUUGUCAUGUUCCUUAUUGUGGCAUUUGCAGUCACAUUCCUUGAAAUGAUUUUCAUUAUUGUUGAAUAUGGAGCUCAUCGAGUGGUCUUUGGAUUGUUCUACCGAUCGAUUAACUUUAAUACUCUCGAUUUGACCAUGUGUGUACUCGUUUCUGGAAUUAUUUAUCAAAUGACCAGUAACGUGGAAUUCAAACAAAUUUAUUGCCCAUGUGUGAAAGAUAGCACCUUCCAAAAAUAUCAGGAUUACAUCACACGAAAGAGUGGAAAAUUCAAAAAGGUCAACACUGAAGAUGAAGACGAAAGCUCGAUUGCUUCGGAUACCCGAGUGGGGACUGCUUAUUCGUAUAUUGGCUCCGAUGAGAAAACUUCACUGUCGAGACACGAAAAUGAUUAUCAAUAA